AUGGCUGGGAUUCGUCGGUGGGCACGCAGGAUCGAGCGCUGCUGCUGCACUUCCCUGACCUACUUCCCUCUCCUUUUCGUGUACGGCCUCACCACAUGGGCCGUCUGGGUAGACGUCAACAUUGGCUCUUCCCAAUCCAAGGUUGCUUGGCUAGGCAACGGCUCAUCCUUCGUCGCGCUCCUUAUAUAUGGACUUCUCAACUGGUCCUACACAACUGCCGUCUUCACAAACCCUGGCAGCACCACCAACGACAAUGGCUACGCCGAGUUACCAACCGAAGCCCCGCCAACCGCCACUUCCUUCACCGUCAAGUCCAAUGGUGAAGUGCGUUUCUGCAAGAAAUGCCAAGCCAGGAAGCCUGAUCGCGCCCAUCACUGUUCUAGCUGCCGCAAGUGUGUUCUCAAGAUGGAUCACCACUGUCCUUGGCUGGCCACGUGCAUCGGAUUGAAGAACCACAAAGCUUUCCUGUUGUUCCUGAUCUAUACGACAAUCCUGUGUUUUUACUCCUUCGCCGUCUCUGGUAGCUGGGUCUACGUCGAGAUUGUCAACAACACUACAUACGUAGACACGCUGCUCCCCAUCAACUUUAUCAUUCUGAGCGUCGUGUCGGGCAUCAUCGGCAUCGUUGUCGGAGCGUUCACUGGCUGGCAUAUACUGCUAGCCAGCCGAGGCCAGACCACCAUCGAGUGUCUCGAGAAGACACGCUACCUCUCGCCUAUCCGCCGAGCUAUGCAGACGAACAAUAUUCGCGGUGUUCCGCUGCCGCAAUAUGGGCAGCAGCUGCUUGACGUUCACGCCAACGCUCUCCCGGGCAUCACUCGCCCUGAAGAGGGUGAGGAGUACCGCUCGGGUGGGCCCGGUCUUGACGGCCAGCGUCCCGCAUUCCAAUCCUACGAGGAGGUCGAGAGACACAACGCCCGGAAGCGCUACGAGGACUACCUCGAUGAACAGGACUCGGAGAAGCUCCCCAACGCCUUCGACCUCGGCGCCAAGCGAAACCUCCUCCACCUCUUUGGUCCCACGCCUUGGCUUUGGGCCUUUCCCAUUUGCAACACGACUGGAAAUGGGUGGUCGUGGGAGGCCAGCCCCAAGUGGGUUGCCGCCCAAGAUCGCAUCAGGCGGGAUCGCGAGGCUCAGCGCGCCCGUGAAGUCAAUGCUGGAUGGGGCUCCGACGAUGCGCCGCCCCAGUUCCUACGUCCCAACCCUCCGGCCGGUGCGGGCCGCCACUUCAACCAGGCACCAGCGCCCUCGCCCUCGACACUCACCGGCCGGAAAACACCCUCCAAGGCCGACCGUGUACUGGGCCGUGACCCCAACCUGUACGCAGACGAGAUGCAGGAUGCCGUCUCCAUGCGCAAGCUCAGCCCCAGAGGCAAGGCGAUCGAAGACGACCUCUUCGCCACAGACGACGAGGGCCACAGCCCCGAAGAUGACGCCGAGGCCGCAGAAAACAGGGCCAUGAACCUCGUGACGAACGGGGGCUGGGGCCGCGGCGGCGCGAGCGGGCUGCUGAGGAAACACAGCAGCAACAGUACCAGCCCGUCCAUAGGCGGGACAGGCUUUGACCGACGGGCGUCAACGGUGGAUGAUGAUCUUGACUAA